UUUGGCUCCAGAUAUAAACACUGACUUCUUCACUGUUCACCCAUAAGAAGCAGGCAGUUUGCUCCACCAGCAGAGAAAAAACACAGAGAGAGAGGGAGAGAGAGAAGGAGAAAAUCAGGAGGGGACCAUCUGUGGCACAUUUACCAGGAUGGAGAAGGACUCUCCAUCCAAGCCGUCUGUGGCUGAGCUGGCUGGAAGGUUCAAAGGUCAUAUUUUACCAAUGCCAAAAAUGACCAACGAGAUGUCAUUUGGAAAAAGACCCCCAUGCUGCCUUAAGAUACAGAAUGAAAAAGCCCAUAAUGAAGAACCAGAUAAAACCGCAGUCUCGCCGAGUCCCACUAAAAUCAAAAUGAAGAACUCGGCCAUGAUUGAGAAACUCCAGGCUAACCUGUCAUUGUCCCCCACUUCUCUGCUGCCCGUAUCUAAGAACCCCGAAGCAAAGCUGGGUGAAGUUACCCCCACCUCACCCUGUGUGUCCCCCAGCCCCACACUGCAACUGGCACCUCAGACCAGUGAGGAGGAGGAGCCCAUCAGCUUUGAGAGCCCGGCGGAGGGUACUCCAUUACCAAGCAUCAACAAGACUCGUGCAAGGCUUUCCUUCAAGAGACGGCUGCCCACAAGACAGCACAGGAGGUCGGCAGGAGAGGAUGAGGGCUCGUCCCCGUGUGAACUGAACAGUCCAAUAGAAAAUGGGGAUGAGGAGGCAGUUUUAAAGAGUCCAGCGGAGGAGGAGGAAGAAGAAAAGGAUGGAUUUUCAGGACGUCUGGACAAAGGCAGAGACAAGGUUGGUUUCUGUAAAAAGACAGAGGACAAGUUAGAAAAGAUCAAUCCAGGCUGUGAGGGAGAUCCGGAGAAGGAGCCUCACGCUCAACAGAGUCAAGACUCGAAGGCUGCUGAGGAGGAGGAGGAGGAGGAGGAACUCCGACCUUCAGAGCGUUGUCCUUCUAACCAGGAAAAUGUUAACAACACAAGGAUAGCAGAAGGCAUGGAAAAGGAAAAUUAGAAUAAAUAGGAUAAAUAUGAUGACAGCGUAUGCACUGUGAAUGUUUACUAUAGGAAAUAUACUCUGUAAACCAGAAAGUAAGAUGUGCUUAAACAUUAGCUUUAAGUUCAAUCAGUGUUCACUUUUACCAUACACGUACUUUCAAAUUACAAUGGGUGUUUAUGACUAUUGAGGAAACAAAAUACGAGAAAGGAAAAACUAUAGCCUAGAUGUCAAAGUGUUGCACUUUCCACUUGUGUGCAGUGAUCUAUGGGCUUCCUAAAAAACAAUUCUUCAUAUAUUUACAAACUCCACAAAGAAAAGAAAGUAGAAUAUUUCAAAUGCAAUAACGUGUUUACAGCUACCACACCAUGUGACUGCAUAAAAUAUUCACACAAA